AUGUCUUACUUCACUGUUUCAGCGACAGCUUCUGAAGCUAGUAACAAUAGCCCUGCCCCCUCUUUUCAGGAUGAAUCAUCUCCUAUAUGGCCAACCUGUAAGUGUCGUGACGCGAAGCCUUACAAAACCAAGCGCACACUCAUCAACCCCGAAAAUUGGCUUGAUGAGGUUUCCGACUCCGAGGAAUCUCUCGUUGAACACCCCCCAGUUGCAGUUAAAGCCCUUCGUGCAAGACAAUUCUUCAGGAGAAAUGAUGCUUUGGGUGCUGAUACAGGCUCCUGUCUUGGCGUGAUCAGCGACUGGGAGGCGAACAAGCUCCGAUUUAGCCUUCUUUAUGUGAUGCAGCACCUGUAUGAAGAACGCGAAGGAGAGAGAAAAUACCCCGCUGAGUGGGAAGACAAGACCGCCUUCACCUCUUGGUUUGAGAAAACUGUCUCAGCUUGGGUGGAGGAUCUUCCAGAAGACCAAAAGGCCUGCAUUGGAGCACUGGCUGACAUCUUGGAGGAUGAUCUGGCAAUUGAUCUUGAUGACAAAGCCGGUUGGGAGAGGCAAAAUACUCGAGUGGUCAAGUACCUUGAUGGUUUUGAUCCUAUCUCUGAAGAAGUCCAAGGACUCGAACAAUUGGAGCUAGAGGAUAGGGCAUGUUAUGAGUGCUCACGACGCUAUGCUAACAAGGCGUUGUGGGUAGUUGUUCCCAGUAGUGAUGAAUCUAUGGAAUAA